AUGCUUCUAUAUGAAUUUUAUAAUGAAACAAUUGCUUUGAAAAGCGUAAACUUAUUAAAGGUCCCACUGUAUAUUCUGAAAGAAAUGCAAAAAGAAGUCGAGAUUUAUAAAGACCUAGCCGAUAUUCAAGUAAAAGCAGAAGUGCAAUUAUCUAUAGAUAAUUCAGUAUUAGUUGUUGAUGUAUCUGACUCUAUAGUGGACUAG